AUGACUUGUAGCAAUAAGGAACUACCCCAUACUGCUUGUGGUGAUGUCUACGAGACCAUAGAUCUAUGGGAUCAGGGGUAUCAUUGUAAACUGUCAAAUUCUCCGCCCCAAAGCAAAAAUUUCCUUAAACGUGAUCAAGUAAAUCAAGCCAACCCUGCCGUGCCGUCAAUUGCGACUGUAAACAAGGCGGCCUUGACCAGACGAUCGACUGUAAAUGUUUUCAGCGAGGAAAUUAAGGCAAUACCUUUUCGACGGACUAAAAUAAAGCGGUCUUUUGAUUAUAAGCAGUCAAAUACUGAAGCAAAGAGACGCACGUCUCUGUUAGAAGUUUCGGUUAGUCCGGACUUUUCAUUGAGAGUGGCAUCAUUUAAGGAGAAGGUUUCUGGUGUGACAAACACAGAAGCCAUGGCCUCUCCAUGGGUUUUACUGUUUGUUUUCAUGGUGUUUAUAUGGGUGGAUAGCAGUCAAGCACAAGAACAGAGUAGUACAGUACUUCGUAUCUCCUACGAACAGCUAAAUUCUUCUGGAUUCAAACCCACCGAUAACAAGUACUUGGUUUCUCCAAAUGGGGUCUUUUGUGCGGGUUUUUAUAGCUUGUCAGCGAGUGGUUAUGCCUUUGCUGUGUGGUAUGCCAAUGAUUCAGAGCGGACUAUGGCAUGGAUGGCAAAUUCAACGUCUUUGGUGGGCACAAAUUCUUCUCUUAUCUUAAAGAACGGAUCUUUUUCAAUUGUAGAUGAGAAUGGACAGAUUGCCUGGAAUCGCAAUGUGUCGAAUAGUUCUGCAAUGGACCUUACCUUACAGGAUUCGGGUAACUUGGUCCUCAAUUCAAGCCAGAGUCAGCCUGCUUGGCAGAGCUUCAGUUCUCCCACGGACACUCUUCUUCCCAAUCAAACCUUGAGCAAAGUGGGCAUAUUGGUUUCAAGGCUUGCAAACGGUAGUUAUAGCAGUGGCAAUGACUACUAUUAUCUUGCUUUUGACGACCAGUCCAGAAUCAGUUUGUAUUACAAGAAGGAAGAGCAAGAAGGCCUGACACCGAAAUCUUACUGGAAUUCAGAAGGAACCUUUACGGACCUUAGCCUUGACGACAAUGGGUUUCUCAAUACAACAUCUGUGUUGAUUAUGGCGUCCGACCGUGGCGAGGCUAACCGCUUGAGAAGGCUCGUUAUAGAGAGCGACGGGAAGCUUCGGAUAUAUAGUCGGAACAUGAAUUCCCCUUCUCCUUCAUGGGUUCUGGUGUGGGAAGCUGUCUUAGAGUACUGUAAAAUCCAUGGGUCUUGUGGAGAGAAUGCUGUGUGUAAGGUGAAUCAAAAGUGGAACACAACCUGCGAGUGCCCGCCUGGUUUCGACCGGAACCCGGUCGAUAAUCGAAGCUGCAGGGCAAUCACUGAUAUCAAGGAUUCCUCCAAUGUAACAUUUGUGCCACUGGACUAUGUCAAUUUUGACGGAUUGAAUACUAGUACUAAAGAACCGGGGGCCAUAAGAUUACAGGACUGCAUAGAUAACUGCACAAAAGACAGCGGUUGUAUGGGUUUCACUCACAAUCUGGACAGUGGAAACUGUGUCUAUCAAUUGGGGCAGUUGAUAAACGGAUAUUGGUCUCCAGAAGCGCACAUGCGCAUGUAUUUGAAGGUCACUGCAAGCGGGUCAGAAGCUUCAAACCCCUUUGAUGGGCUCUUCUCAAUAGUCGAAAAUGUUUGUCCAUCUCUGAUAAAGCUAGCGUUUCCCCCAAAGGAUUCGGACCACACAACACGAGAUCUCGCCAUAAUCUGUUCCUUAUUCGGCGUGGAGCUUUUGUGCGGAGUUCUUGCUUUCUGGGCAUUUCUGAGAAAGUAUUCGAGAUUCAGAGACAUAGCACGAAUUUUCGCCCUGGAUCUCAUGCCCUCUGGAGGGCCCAAAAAGUUCACAUACUCAGAGCUGAAAGCAGCCACAAACAAUUUCAGUGACAAAUUGGGCGAAGGAGGAUUUGGGCCGGUGUACAGGGGACUUCUGCCAGACCAGAGACAAAUUGCAGUGAAAAAGCUUGAAGGGCUUCAACACGGGGAGCAGCAAUUCUGGGCUGAGGUCACCAUUAUAGGGCGGAUCCAUCAUCUCAACCUUGUUCGAAUGUGGGGCUUUUGUUCAGAAGGGGAGCACAGAAUGCUUGUAUACGAAUACAUACCCCACGGAUCCCUAGACAGGCAUCUGUUCAACGCCGAAGGGGCCAAUGUAAUGGAUUGGGGCAUUCGAUACCGCAUAGCUUUGGGGGUCGCGAGGGCCAUCGCUUAUCUGCACGAGGAAUGCCUGGAAUGGGUUCUGCAUUGCGACAUUAAACCAGAGAACAUUUUGCUGGAUGAGAGCUUUUGUCCCAAGGUUUCCGACUUCGGUCUGGCAAAACUGGUGGAAAAAGAGCGCAGUCUGACCAUGUCGGCCGUCAGAGGAACGCGAGGGUACUUAGCCCCGGAAUGGUUUGAACUCAACCCAAUAACCGCAAAAGCCGAUGUUUACAGCUUUGGAAUGGUGCUUCUCGAGAUCGUAAGCGGAAGAAGGAAUAUGGUUGUAACCAAUUUCCCCAAUUCCAAUAUGGAUAGCGGUGACUGGUAUUUUCCCGCUUGGGCUUUUGAGAUGAUGGUGAAUGAGAAGGUUGUGGGUGAGGUGGUGGAUAAAAGGCUCGUUGGAGUAACAGAAAAUCGCAGUCAGUUGGAGGCGGUGGAGAGAAUGGUGAAGACUGCGUUCUGGUGCAUUCAGACUCGUCCAGAGGAUAGGCCUUCCAUGGGGAAGGUUGCCAAGAUGUUGGAGGGCAGCGUGGAAAUUGAGAACCCUCCGAAGCCUGAACUCAUUUAUGAAGUCGAUGGAGAUUCACAGCCAUCUUAUAGCGGUGUACAAUCCUUCAAAUCAUCUGCAAUCAGUCGCUUUUAAGGUGCCCAAACCAGGUAAUUUCAUUCUAUGAGAUGAUUAAGGCAUAUUAGACCCAGUGAAUUACAGAUUAAGCACAAUGGUCUCUGCGAACAUGGCAUGUACGGUUAAAGACACGUCCGAGUUGUCCUGUUAGUCUGUUAGCUUGUAUUAUACUGUAGUGCUCCAUUUCUUUAGUGCUAAAGCUUUUGCGUCUUUAGAAGAUGCCCCUGUAGCUGUGACAAAUGGUCAUAUGCUUAAUACUAGAUUCUUUUUAUAUGGUGAUUUUUACUUCAAUUAGGGAAAGAGUACCCAGUAUGAAUAGUAUGAAUUGUUGAGAGGGUUGAGGGUUGAGGGUUGUUGAUGCUUUUUGUUUCA